UCUCACUUGAGGAAGUCUAGUUUGGGCGACACCACUGUGUACAGAUGUUUGUUCAGGCUUUUUCAAAACUGCCCGGUAUGAAAGGAGACAAGACUACGUCCUGGAUAUGAUUUAAUCGAAGGGGACAAGGUGUGUUCCUUUCUCUGCCGGGUAUCUGUGACAGUCGGGUCGGAGAGGUGUCAGAUCACACCCGGCCUUUCCUCUAACCCCCCCCCCCCCUCCACACUAUGGAGCCAAAGAAGAAUGUAUUUGGCAACCUGAAACAGAGGGCCAAGCCCUUCCUCCACUACAUGAGGGCCGGUCGCAAGCACCUCGGCAAGCCAGAGGUACGCCAGGAGGGCAUGCUGGACCAGAGGAUGAGUGCCUCUGUGCCGGAUAUCAGGUACCUGCGACCGUCUUCCAGGACAAUGGACUCUAGCCUGCAGUCCUCCGAACUGAACCUGCCGUACCGCAGCCACCCCAGCACCCCCGUCAGGGUGGGUGUUGCUGCUGCCUCUGCUGAGCACGAUGUGGUGGAUGCGCCCCAGCCCACAGCAUGGGCCUCCACGGAGGUGAUCAGCAGCACACAUCCAUAUCCGGAGGAGCGGGUCUCCCUGGAGCGGAAGGAGACGCAGGAGCCACUGGACCAGAAUGGGCAGGUGAUGAAGGAGCAUGCGGUCUUGCUCAGCACAGAGUUGCCCACUGUGGAAAUGUCAGAGGAGAAGAGUGAGAACCCGUUAGAAAACAAUGGCCAAGAGAUGCAGACAGUUAAGGACAUUGAUAAUAAUAGUUUCCCAGAUGUAGGACGUGAGGGGCUGGACCCCCCCGAGAAGACUUACCUCCUCAACAUCAACCUCAAAGAAGGAAAGAAUCUGGUCAUCAGAGAUCGCUGUGGUACAAGUGACCCCUACGUGAAAUUUAAAUUGGAUGGGAAAACACUUUACAAAAGCAAAGUUGUUUACAAAAACUUGAAUCCCAUUUGGAAUGAGUCGUUCGCCUUUCCUGUCCCCGACUUGGAGCAGAAACUUUUUGUUAAGGUUUACGAUCGGGACCUGACUACAGACGACUUCAUGGGGUCCAGCAGUGUCGCCUUGGGUGAAGUUGAACUUGAGAAAACGCACCAACUAGUUUUGAACCUGAAUGACCCCAACAGUCUUGAGGAGAACAUGGGUGUGAUUCUCAUAGACAUCUGCUUGUCUUUGCGGGAUGGAGAUGGCAAGAGGAAUGGAAAGUGGACGUCAAAGACGAAAAAAAGCAUAAGGUCGGGGAUGUCCCUGCAGAACAAGCGCCUGUCGGACACCCUGAAGAAGAGCCAGCUGUGGAGCGGCGUGUGGAGCAUCACGCUGGUGGAGGGCCAGGAUCUGCCCGAGGCCGGCCCGGGAGAUGUGUUUGCGCGCUUCAGGCUUGGAGAACAGAAAUACAAGAGCAAGAGCCAAGGCAAAAAAGCCAAUCCACAAUGGAGAGAAAGAUUCGACUUCAACCAGUUCCCAGAUGGACCAUGCAUGCUGGAAGUGGAAGUGUGGUCAAAAGAGGGUCGUAAAUAUGAGGAAUGUUAUGGAAUGUGUGAGGUGGACCUGUCUGGUCUCCCAGUCAACCAACCACAGACGUUCACUCGGCCGCUGAACCAAGGAAGAGGCCGCAUUCUCUUCCUGGUCACGAUGAACGUGUGCAGCGGGGUGUCUGUGUCCGACCUGGACGCAGCGCCCCUAGAGGAUCUACACGAGAGGGAGAAUGUGCACGACAGAUAUGCCCUCGGGAACUCUCUGAGAGACAUGAGGGAUGUGGGCUUCCUGCAGGUCAAAGUCAUCAAGGCCACAGAUCUUCUGGCUGCAGAUCUAAAUGGGAAGAGUGAUCCUUUCUGUGUGUUAGAACUGGGGAAUGACCGGCUCCAAACACACACUAUCUACAAGACACUCAAUCCAGAGUGGAAUAAAGUAUUCACACUCCCCAUCAAAGAUAUUCAUGACGUCCUGGAGGUGACCGUCUUUGAUGAGGACGGGGACAAGGCACCAGACUUCCUUGGAAAAGUGGCCAUUCCUUUGCUCUCGGUUCACAAUGGUCAACAGAUUUCCCGUGCAUUAAGGAAAGAUGAUUUAGGCAGACCAUCAAAGGGGGCGAUAUUACUAGAGCUGCAAGUUUUCUUUAAUCCUGUUAAAGCCGGUAUCAGAACGUUCAACCCAAAAGCAAAGAAAUUCCAGGAGGACAAUGCCAAAUUUUCCAAAAAGGUGCUUUCUCGAAACGUCCUUCGCGUGCGGAACCUCUUGCGGGCGAUCCUGAGCACCCAUCAGUACAUCAAAAGCUGCUUUCAGUGGGAGAACUUCCAGCGGAGCAUCAUUGCCUUCACGGUGUUUGUGCUGACGGUGUGGUACUGGGAGUUCUACAUGCUUCCUCUCUACCUGGUGCUACUACUCGCGAGGAACUACCUCCAGAUAGCCUCGGAGAGAGCCAGUCAGGACUUGGAUAGUAUGGACCUGGGGGAUGAUGAAGACGAUGAUGAAAAGGAGUCAGAGAAGAAAGGACU